AUGGCUCUCCGUUUUCUUCUCGGACUCUUGGCGUUCGGCUCUGCGGAUGCCAGCCUUCGUGGCCAGAUGCAGGCCGCAGCUGGUUCCGUCAGUGCAGAGAAGCUUCGCGAGACGGUGCUCUCUGAGGUGAUGAUGGCGCUCGGCAGUGGCAACCGCGUCACUGAGCAGCGCCUCCAAGUCAUCGAGGAGGCUUUGAAAUCUACCUUCCAGGCCAUGCCGAAGAACUCCCAUGGGAAUCUCGGAGACGAGACGGCCCGCUACGUCCUUCACCGGCUCUUCGUGCAGCGCCACGCAAUGUACAUCAAGGGGCUGGAGGCAGCCGGGAUGACUUGGCAAAAUCUGUCCACCACGCAGGUACUGGAGGAGCAUAUCCCCGCCUUCGUUCUCUCCCUCUUCGAGGAGCGGCUGAAAGGGGUGGGCCUUGGUCUGCAUGAGCUCAGCAUCCUUGCGGCAACCUUGGAACACCUCAUCCAUGACGAGGCAGUGUCGCGACUCUCCGUGGUCUACCAGGCGCACAACUACACAGAAGAGUCCCGGGUGGACGAGUUCGAACUCCAGAAUCUCAUCGACACGUACAUGUCCAUCUUCCUCUUGGGCACGCAGGACAUCAGCGCGAGCUCUGUAGCCGCCGAGUGCCAGACAGUUCUCGAGUCUUUCCCAGGAUGGAAGGACACUCAGAAGUUCACGGUUCAGGUUCGCACAGGUCUCACCAGCAGCCGCAACGAUGCGGAUUUCGUUCAGGGUAACUUCAGCUUCCGUGCUGCGACCCAGAUCGUGGAGGAGAUCGGAGAACGCUAUGGGCGUUGGCAGGAUGCCGAGUGCCGGGACCUCAAAAGCCUUUUGAUGAAGAUUGAGCACGCGGACACCGGCCGUGUGCUGCUCAAGGAUUUCUAUGGCUCCGCCUUGGACGGGAAUUGGCAGUUCUCCGAAAGCGUGGACUAUCUUCGCGAGCUCGGUGCUCUGGAUGAGUCGGACCCGGCCAACAAGGCCGUGCUGAUUGCCAACUACGU